ACAUACAUUUGCAAUUUUCAUUUGUGCAAAACUCCCGCCUCUCUCUCUCUCUCAAAAUUCAGUGACAUCAUUCAACGGAACUUCGUGAAGCUGAAGAUGUUCUUCAAGGUUGCUUGAUUGGUGAUUCCUUGGUUCUCCAACGACAAUGAAGCCCACUCGCAGACUCAACAAACCCCAUACCGUCUCAAAGCUGGUUUUGGAGGAGGUCAUUGGGUUGACAACAAAGAAUGGCAAUGGGCUAGCGUCAAAUGCCUUGAGUUCCAAAUGUGCUUAUUUGGCAGGUUCUGUGGUGGUGAUAUAUGACAUGAAUUUGGGCACUCAGUCACACCUCAUGGUGUCUAAUAGAUCACCAAAGCCUUUGAGUUGUGUAGCUUUGUCACGAGAUGGGUGCUUUGUUGCGGCUGGAGAGGCAGGAAACCAGUCAUCAGUACUAGUAUGGGAUUCUUUUACUUUAUCCCUUGUCUCUGAAUUGAAAGGUCAUGUAUAUGGAGUUACAUGCAUCUGUCUCUCACCCAAUGGUAAACAUCUGGUAUCUGUUGGGGGAUAUAUUUACCUCUGGGACUGGCGGAGUGGUGAACUGAUAACAAAGCUUCAAGCAACUUCAUCUUGUUCAACUAUUUCAAGUGUUAGCUUCUCAUCAGAUGCAAAAUUUUUUGUAACUGCUGGGAAGAAGCACUUGAAAUUCUGGAUACUUGGAUCUUCUAGAAAGACUCAACUAAAUGGAGGGAUUAGCAGGACAACAUCAUUAGCGAUACAUGAAAAGCCUGCCAAUCUUUCUAUUCUUAAAGGAAGCUCUUUUACAUCUAUCACUUCUAUGUGGGGCUGUAGUGGCCAUGAUAAUUGUAAACAAGCUGGCGAUUGCUUUCCCAUAUAUACACUGACUGAUUCAGGCAUUCUAUACCUUAUUAAUUCUGGGAUGUUGGUCGAAAAGUCUGUGACCUUGAAGGUUCAAAAAGCUUUUGCAUUAUCAACAUCUGCAAAGCUAAUAGCUUGUGCAUGCAAUAAUGGAAUAGUCCAAUUAUUUACCCCCAUCUCUCUAGAAUACAUGGGUAGUAUAGUAUAUUCAAAGACCAAAAAGUUUCAAGAAGAAAGCAAUUCUGUUAGCCAUACUAUUGUCCCUGAACAGGAUUUUGAACAGUUGCCUGCCCUGCCUGAUGCAGUUGCCUGUCAGUUUUCAGCCUUAGAAAAGAUUGUGGUCAUUUAUGGAGAUCAUAGUCUCUACAUCUAUGACAUACAUGAUGUGAAUCGGGUCACAAAGUGUUUUGUGCUAGUUUCACAUUCCUCAUGCAUAUGGGACAUCAAGAAUCUAUGUUGUGAAAACAUGCAUGAUCCAUCUCAUGCAUGCACUGCUAGAGGUUGUUUGGGGGGAAUUUCUUUUGCAACUUGCUCUGCUGAUGGUACAGUUAGGAUAUGGGAUAUUGCUUUGCAAUCUGAUUUUUUAAAAGAUGCUGAAGAGUUGAAGACUGAAUUAUUGAGUUCUUCAUGUUUAGUAACUGCUGGGACAUUUGAACGUGAUGCAGUUAAGGCAGAUCUUACCAAUCAAGAGUUUCGAUCACUUGCUGUUAGUUCAGAUGGAAAUUAUCUUGCUGCUGGUGAUUGCAAAGGAAACCUUCAUAUAUACAACCUUCAUACAUCAGAUUACACAUGUUUCCAGGGUGCUCAUGAUGCAGAGAUUCUUACAUUAAGCUUUACCUUGUCCACCCAAGAUAUAUCUAAGGAAAUUGCAAAAGACAAUUACCUUCUUGCCUCAGGGGGACGAGAUUGUAUGAUCCAUCUCUAUGAUGUGAAAAGAAAUUUUGAUCUCAUUGACAGCAUUGAUGAUCAUUCGGGUGCAGUGACUUCUAUCAAAAUUAGCAGCAAUGGUUGCAGGAUCCUCAGUUGUAGUUCUGAUAGUUUCCUGGUGCUUCGUGAUGUGGUGAUAGCAGAUAGUGGCUAUAAAUUUUUGCAGCAACAUCGUCAAAGGGCUUUACAACGUGGAACUGUCUAUGACAUGGCUGUGGAUCGGACAUGUGAGACUGUUGUCACUGUUGGGCAGGAUAAGAAGAUAAAGACGUUUGACAUGGCUGCUCAGAAACUAAUUAGGUCUUACAAUCAUGAUAAAAAUUUUGGAGAACCUAUAAAGGUUAUAAUGGAUCCUAGCUGCACUUACGUGGUCUGCUCAUUCUCUAACAAGUCCAUAUGCAUGUAUGACUUUAUCACUGGAGAGAUGGUUGCGAAGGCCACAGGGCAUGCUGAAAUUGUUACUGGUGUCAUCUUCUUGCCUGAUUGCAAGCAUAUAGUUUCGGUGGACGGUAAUGGUUGUGUUUUUGUAUGGAAAUUGCCUGCUCCAUUGUCUGCUAGAAUAUUGGAGAGAAUAAUGGAAAAAAAUAAUCCAUUGUCUCCAAGAAGUUCUGUUCAACGUCCGGCUUAUAAUUAUCUAUCGUUUUGCAAAGAAGAAUGCCGACAUUCCAAGAUCAAUCCUGAGGAUGUUUGGUCACUAAGGAACAACAGCCAAAGUGGGGAUGGAAUGCUUUAUCCUGAAAGCAGUCAUAGUGAGGCUUCAUCUUUUAAAUUUAGUGUUUCAAGACUUCCCAAAUGGGCUCAAGCAAAAGUGACCAGUUCCAUUAAUGUCAACAAGAAUCUUAAUUGCAAUUCAUUAGAGGAGUAUGCUCCUUCAUCCCCUGAAGUUCAAAUUCCAUCCGAUCAUGCUUCUCCAUUGCCUGAUACUCUGAACUCUCAAGAUUCUUCAAGGUUUGGAGGAACUUAUAGCAACAUUCCAUUGGACAACCAUUGGCACUCUAUUUAUACUGUUUGUAUGGAAGCACUUUCCUCCCCAGAGAUGCAGAAUUUAUGUGAGACAAAGUUUCCAGAGAUUCCCUUGAGUCUAAGACAACAUAAGGCUGUGAUUUGUGAGGACCAGAACUCCUUUGGGCCUAAUAACCUUAGCAAGAAUGAAAAGAGGGGUGUUGCUCCAGAACAUGUUGGCUGUAACAAUAAUGAUGUUUCUUGGUGUUCUGAAGAAGUUUCUGAGAGUAAAGCAGAGCAGUUGUAUUUAAGUGAAUCUGGAAGUGUGUCAGAAACAACUACUGAAGGCAAUUUGGGAAGUCUACCAUCUGAAGAAGACAGUGUCAUGUUUAAGCAACAUUUUGGUAGCUUAUCAAAUACACACAAGGAAAAGUCGAGGAAUUCAUUAGUUAGAAGGUUUUCUGCAAGAUAUACUGUGCAAUGGGAUUACCCAGGGGAUUGCAAGAAACUUUUUAGCAGUCCUGUUGGGAAUAAAAGUGGUAGAAAAAGCUCUGAGGAUAAAGGUGCAACUCAUACUGUAUCAGAAGACAGAUCCUUGCAGGUUAAGGAAACUGAGGAAGUGACACAUUCUUCUGAACAGGACAUCAAGAAUUCAGAACCUUGUUCUGCAGAUUCAACAUGUGAACUAACUAAAUUUCCAGUCAAAGAAAAUUCAGUUGAUAAAGGGAGUGAACUGGGAGAAACCAUAGCCGCGUGCAAGGAAGCAUUCGGUAGCUUGGAUGCAGCAGCUGCGAGUGUGCUGCAGUUAUUUUUAAAAUUGGAAAAUGUUCACGGCAAAGAGGUCGCAACGGGAGCUGGAGCUCAAUUUUUAGACGAGGCCACUGAGCUACUUCCCCUAGUUGUUAAUAAAGUUAAUGCUGUUGCUAGAUUGGUGCAAUGUAGGAAGAACAGUAAGUGUGAAACUAGUAGACCAAGUGUCCAAGAAAUUGACCAGUUUGGUAGAUUUGCCGCAGGCAGGUAUGAUACAAUAAUGGAAACACCAAAGGACGAUACCAGCAUUCAUUAAAUAUAUUUCAUUUAUUUUCUUUUCCAAAGUAUAGAAUGUUGCUUUGGUUAACAAGUCAGCAUUCUACUUCAAGUGGAUAUGUUAAUUAUCAAACUGGAAAUUAUCACGGUGAGUAGCUUUUGUCACUUUUCAAAUGAAAUUUUACAUGCUAACGGGGUUUGGUUCUA